AUGACCUCACAGGAAGAACCAACCAUAACGGCUAUUUCUCCGACUUCUACUCUCGGAACUGCUGCGGCUUCCGAACAUCAGCCCGAAAUCGCUUCACCAACCGACCGAGAAAUACCGCCAUCAACUAAAUUUUUAUUUCUGCCUGAGCCGCCACUACCGGGUACUGCGGAUUCGAUCACAUCUCGAGUAGUACCUAAAAAGAUAUUUGAUGUUAGUAAUGAUGAAGAAGUUGUCAAUAAUAAUGUCAUGACUGUUGAGCCUGUAGUUCCUCCUCAGGAUGGAAAUCUAGAAUCGCCUGAUAAUCUUGACUCUGAAACUUAUCUUGCUGAAACUGUUGCCAAAGUUUUAGGAAAGCAAACAAAAGAACAACAACAACUGCAAACAGGAGUGACUGAGUCUUCUGAGAAGCAAGUUAAUUUGUCUAGUACUUCAAAUUCUUCUCCUGAUUCAACUCAUAUUAAUAAUAGCAAUAACAAUAAUUAUAAUAUUAAUAAUAACAAUAAUAAUAGUAUUAAUAAUAUUAAUAAUAGUAUCAAUAAUAUAUCUUCGAGUGCUUCUUCUCAACAAUCUAUUCAACCUCCAAAAAAUUGUUUAUCCGAUUCAGUCAGUCCAUCAAGUCCACCAAAUCCUUCAAAUCCUUCAAAUCAUUUAAAUAUGUCUCAACCUGAUUCUCCUCUGACUGUUCCUGUUUCAAAAUUA